AUGCACUUCACCCGUCGCGCUGUCUCUCCGAGAGCGUCUUUUGUGUUCGAUCGCCACGUUGGGACCAUAAAUUCGUCGCUUUCAAGACGUCCUAGGAUAUCAGAGUGUCCUGAAGAAGAAGAAGAAGAGGAAGAAUUAUAUUUAUUCGGAAGUGGAGGAGACGUUGACGUUGAAGAAAUGAGGCAGCCCAUGCAGGAAGCGAUUCCAGAAAUCAUUUUGGAGGAAGAGGAAGAUGAUAAUGAUCAUUUGGUGAUGUCGGUGGCGCGACCAGUCCGCGUUCACUUCGCGGUCGACGUCGAAAACUUGCAGUCGCAUCAGUCGGUGUACGUCGUGGGAUCACCCGAUGUGCUCGGCGCUUGGGAAGCCAAACGGGCGAUGCCGCUCGUCCAAGAUCCCGACAGGAACAUGCGCUGGAAAGGAUCCAUCAUGAGCGAUGUCGAUCAGCUCAAAUUCCGCUACUUCAUCGGCUACAAUUUGAUGUCGGAUCAAGGCGAGAAACUGAUAGUUGACAAGUGGGAGGCGUUCCUUCAUCCACGCUCCACCCUGUGCUCUGCUGAAUCUCGCAACGGAGAGUGUCGUGUGGAUCGUGUGGACCUUUUCGGCUACUACGCUGGCCGAAAGUGUGUGUCCGAUGGUUGGCUACAGCACUCUGAUGAGAAUCAGAUCCUUUUGAGACUUCAUGGAAACGCACUGAAAUUCUAUAAAACUUCCAAGGAACGCAAGAAUUGUCGGGUUAAAAUGACACCGCUGGAUGUGAGAUUCAAGGCGCCGCCCAGUGGACACAUCAGUUUCAGCUACGGAGAAGACGAGGAGGAUGAGGAAGAGGAUCCGAAUAAUGCAUCUAAUAAGUGUACGCACUCAGCCACUCAUGUCGCCGUUCUCUCUGAUCCACGUCCCAAGUUCUAUGAUCAGGAAGAGACUGGAGUGGUUUUCAACAACAAUAAGGACUAUCUAGUCUUUAGAACUCACUGUCUUGCCGCGGAAUUUUUGGCGUUUUACAUUGAAAUCUUUUCGGAGGAACGGAAGAGAAUCGGCGCUUGCUACGCUCUCCCGUCCGCUCUUCAAGACGCUUCUGGAAUCAUUCACCUGCCUUUUAUCAAUUCUUCGGGACGCCCCAUCGGACAAGUGUCCAUAGAGUACCUCUGUGUUCGCGCCUUGACACGACUAGACGAACCUCAACUCAUGGAUCAGACAUAUUGCCGGCAUUGGAAGAAACGGAAUGCGUUGGAGGUCGGACAUCGAGGUGCGGGAAAUUCCUACACGAAAUUCGCUAUGGCUAGAGAGAACACGAUUCACUCGCUGAACACAGCUGCCAAGAAUGGAGCGGAUUAUGUGGAAUUCGAUGUGCAGUUGACCAAGGAUAGAAUCGCUGUGAUCUACCAUGAUUUCCACGUUUUGGUGUCUGUAGCUCGUCGAGAUGGGCAUGCGCUUCCGCCACCAACGAUGACGAGAGAGCAGUUGGAUUCGUCGAAUUUGGAUUUCCAUGAGCUCCCGGUUAAAGAUUUGAAGCUCUCCCAGCUGAAACUUUUGAUGUUGGAUCAUUUGAGCUUCCCGCAGAAGAAGGAGAAUGUCAAGAAGUUGGUGGAGGUUUUGGAAGAGGAGGAUGACUUCAAACCGUUUCCAACGCUGGUUGAAGCGCUGACCAAAGUGGAUCCGGAUGUUGGAUUCAAUGUUGAAGUCAAGUAUCCAAUGAUGCAAAAUAACGGCGAACACGAAUGCGACCACUACUUCGAGCGUAACCUCUUCGUCGACAUCAUCCUCGCCGACGUUCUGAAGCAUGCCGCGAAUCGUCGAAUUAUGUUCAGCAGCUUCGAUCCGGACAUCUGCUCAAUGGUGGCCACAAAACAGAACAAAUACCCAGUGCUGUUCCUAUGUGUCGGUGAAACCCAAAGAUACACUCCGUUCCAAGAUCAACGCACCAGCACCUCGAUGACCGCUGUGAACUUCGCCGUUGGAGCCGAUCUCUUGGGUGUGAAUUUCAAUUCAGAAGACUUGCUCAAAGAUCCGAUGCCUGUCAAGAAAGCCAACGAGUUCGGAAUGGUGACGUUCGUAUGGGGAGAGGAUCUGGACAAGAAAGAGAACAUCAACUACUUUAAAAAGGAGCUCGGCGUCGAUGGAGUCAUAUAUGACAGAAUUGGAGAGGAGGAACGCCGUCGUAACGUCUUCAUCGUUGAAAGAGAGCAGAAGCGCGCGUUGCUCAGUUGCUCCGGAGCAAGCACUCCACAACGUGCUCCGUCACCAUCGCCAGUGUCUUCUGAGAAUAAUAACACGUCGCCGCCGUUAAGCGCGAAGUUGACACGAAAUACGCAGUCUGAUUCUGCGCUUUUGGAAGAGAACGAGGACGAUGAAGUUGAGGGCCUCGCAGACAAAUUGAACAUUACUGGUUUCCAAUCGGCACCCAUGGUCUCAAUAAAGUAG